AUGGGUCGGUGGACGUUACACAACAUUUUAUUUCUCGCGCUUUUCUGCAGCUCCAAUGGACAGUUUGAUGCUUUUGAAAGGUUCACCCUGUUGGCUCCAGACCUGCUGAGGACAGACAGCCAGGAGAACAUCUACCUACAGGCAGACGGCGUGUCCAAACCCGUCACUGUCUCCAUCUCCAUCCAGGACUUCAGAAGGACCACCAUGCUCCUCCAGGACUCUGUCACACUCAAUCUGGAAAAUGGAUUCCACGCUCUCAAGACUAUACAGCUCCCCUCCCACAGUUUGAAUCGCGAAGAGAAGAAGAACAAGUUUGUGUAUCUGAAGGUGAACUUUGAGGGCUUCCACGUUGAGGAGAGGCUGCUUAUGGUGUCCUUUCACUCUGGAUACAUCUUCAUCCAGACAGACAAGCCCAUCUAUAACCCUGGGGACACCGUCCGGUUCAGAACCUUCGUGUCCUCUCCGUUCUUCAAGGCCUUUGACACAUCCGUCACAAUAGAUAUCCAGAAUCCAGACAAUGUGGUGGUUAAGCAGAUCUCCAGGACCAGAGCUGUCGAUGGCGUCUUUGGAGACACUUUUCCUCUCUCUGAAAUUGUCAAUGAAGGAACAUGGACUGUGACUGCAAAGUUUGACCACUGGCAACAGAACACGUUCUCCUCCCAGUUCCAGGUGAAGAAAUACGUGCUUCCUGCCUUUAAUGUCACCUUGACGCCCAGGAAGUCCUUCCUCAGCCUGGAUGACAGUGAACUGGUAGUAGAAAUCUCAGCCAGGUACCUGUACGGGGAGCCAGUCCAGGGGACGGCCUUUGUGGUGUUUGGAGUGAAGAUCAAUCAAGAGAUGAUAAGGUUGCCUUCAGUGAAGCAGCUGUCAGAUCUGGACGGUGGAGUCGUCAGACUGAGCAUGGAGGAGAUCAAGAGAGCGUAUCCCAACGUUAGAUCUUUGGUGGGCAACUCUGUGUAUGUCAAGGCCUCUGUGCUCACCAAGACAGGCAGUGAUUUGGUUGAAGCAGAGAAGACUGGCAUCAAAAUUGUCGAGUCUCCGUACGUCGUGUCCUUCAAAGACAUACCAAAGUACUUCAAGCCGGGCCUGCCCUUCGACUUCACAAUCCAGGUGAGCCACCACGACGGCUCCCUGCCCCGUAGCGUCCUGGUCAAGUUGAAUCUGCUUGACACGCCCCUGGUCGUCUCCGCCGGCACCACCCGAGUCACCAUCAACAUGCCCAGCGAUCAGCGCCCACAAACCAUCACUGCUGAGACCACGCAGGCUGACCUGAGACCAGAGCAGCAGGCCAAACAGCAAAUCACUGUUCAUCCGUACGUCACCUUUAACUGGCGCAAGCAGAAUUACCUGUACAUCUCAACGGGGACCAACAGGGUGUCUCUGGGAGACAGGCUGUCCCUGAAGCUGAGCAUCACCACUUCAGACCAGACACUGAGACAAUCCAUUCAUCACAUCACCUACCUGGUGCUCAAUAAAGGCAAAAUCAUUGAUGCUCAGCGUGUGGAUGUUACCGGUCAGCUGAUCACCAGCGUCGGGCUUGCGGUCACCCCGGCGAUGAUGCCGUCGUUCCGUUUCGUGGCCUUCUACAGUAUCCCCUGGGCGGGGCGAGAGGAGGUGGUGCCCGACUCCAUCUGGGUGGAUGUGGCAGAUUCCUGUCUUGGAGGGCUGACAGUCGGGCCGGUGGGCGGCGUACAUCGAGACUACAUGCCGGGGAAGAGCUUUAGGUUUGAGGUCAGAGGUGAUCCGGGUGCGAAGGUGAGCCUGGUGGCCGUGGACAACUCCGUGUAUCUGCUCAACAAGGACAGACUUACACAGAACAAGAUUUGGGACGUGGUGGAGCACGGAGACAUCGGCUGCACUCGAGGGGGAGGCAGAGAUGCUGCAGCGGUGUUCUCAGAUGCGGGAUUGCUCUACGCCUCCAGCGCCAGCUUCAAGACCCGAACCAGACAAGCCCUGCAGUGUCCAGGCAGCGCCAGAAGGAGGCGCUCUGCUGAACUGUUGCAGCGCAAAGCCCAGCUGGAGAGUCAUUACAAGGAGAAGCUCCAGCGUCGCUGCUGUAAGGACGGCCUCAGGGAGAUCCUCAUGCCGUACUCCUGCACCAGACGCUCCCUCUACAUCACGGAGGGCUGGGAGUGCAUCCGGGCCUUCCGCUACUGCUGCGCCACUUACAGGAGCCAAGUGUUUGACACCGAGAUUCCCACCACCCCGCCGCCCACGACCACAGCUCCACCUAGGCCCACCUUUCCAUUCCAUCGUUUAGCAGAGCGAGGGAGGAUACCGCUCUCACCGCAUAGAUUUAACUGGGAACGUGAAUUUGCAGGAAGACAAUAUCUUCAACCUUCACCACCGAGAGUCUACACAAAUGCAAACAAAAUGGCAGAAGAAGACAGAUUUAUGCUGGCAGCAGCGGCAGGGUCGGCGGGAUUGCCAGGGCUGGCAGCAGGGGCAGGGGCAGCUGCAAAGGAGGAGGAGGAGGAGGAGGAAGAGUGGGAGUACCUGGAUGAGACUGAAGUGUAUCUGCGAUCCAAGUUCUACGAGUCUUGGCUGUGGAUGGAUGUUAACCUGCCCGUCCAGGUUGACGCAGACGGGUUGGCGUCUAAGGACGUGGCUAAUGCGCUGCCUGACAGCAUCACAGAGUGGGGAGUUCUGGCCAUCAGUGCUUCACCUCACACAGGUUUCUGUGUGGCCGAGCCUUACAAUGUCAAAGCAUGGAAGCGUUUCUUCGUGGACCUCAAGCUGCCGUAUUCAGUGGCGAGGAACGAACAGGUCGAGAUCAAAGCCGUGGUCCACAACUAUGGCUACGACGACCUGCACGUGAGGGUGGUGCUGAUGAAGACAGAGGACAUGUGCAGCGUGGCCUUCAAGGACAAACACACGCAGGAAGUGGUGCUGUCGGCUGGCUCUUCCAUUGUGGUGCCUUACACCAUCGUUCCGCUGGCGGUGGGAAAACUUCCCCUGGAGGUGAUGGUGGUCGCCAGGGACUUGAUGGGAGGAGACCGCAUCCAGAAAUUUCUACGGGUGGUGACGGACGGAGUGCAGAAGACUGAAGUUUGGAGUGCGGUGUUAAACCCGUCUGCAGAGGGAGGAACGCAGACUGUUCGUGUGGGCAAGAUCGAAUUGGAGUCUGUUGUGCCGAACUCUCAGCCAGAGACACACAUCAAUGUCAGAGGCAACGUGUUGGCAGACAGCAUUGAUAACUCCAUCAGCGAGGACUCUCUGGCCUCUCUGAUCCGGAUGCCCGGCGGCUGUGUGGAGCAGAACUUGGCCAGCAUCACUCUGCCACUCAUCGCAACCCUCUACCUGGACCGAACCGACAGCUGGGAAAGUGUGGGGCCGCAGCGCAAGGCUGAGGCUCUCCGAUACAUCAGGAGAGGCUACGAGAACCAGCUGGCAUACAGAAAGAGUGAUGGCUCUUACCCCCCCUACAGGAGGGAAGGUGCAAGUACAUGGAUCACGGCGUACGUGGUGAAAGUUUUCUCCAUGGCUCACUCCAUCGUUGGCAUCAGUGAGCAGCAAGUGUGUGACCCUCUGCUCUACCUGGCGAAGAACAAAUUCCGGCAUUUAAGGGGCUUCGUAGAGGACAACCCCGUUUACAGCACUACCAUGACUGGCGGUCUCCGUGGCGAUGACCCCGAGAUAACCCUGACGGCCUUUGUCCUCAUAGCGCUCUCUGAGGCUAAGCAGGCCGGGAUCCGCUGCACUGGCCAAGGCUCGGACAUCGAGGCUGUUACCCGGGUGACAGCUGAGUACCUGAAGAAAGCUCUGGUGACAUCGGGCAGGAGACCAUACACCGUGGCCAUUGCCUCGUAUGCGCUGGCCCUGCAGGGGAAGCCUCGGCCCUAUGACCCGACACAGCCUUUACUCAGAGCUGCAGCUCCAGGAGGCAGUCACUGGCCCGACCGUCACAACACCCUGUUCACGCUGGAGGCGACCGGCUACGCCCUGCUGGCUCUGAUCAAGCUGGGACACAUGCAGGAGGCCGCGGCGCCGUUUAAAUGGCUGAACAGCCAGCGGAGGCGAGGAGGAGGCUUCGGCUCCACUCAGUCCACCAUGGUGGUGCUCCAGGCGCUGUCAGAGUACCUGAUUAACAAACCUCCUCCUGACGACCUCAGUCUGGAUGUGGAUGUCAGGAUAACAGGACGCAAGGAAAUCCGCUACCAUUUCAACCCCAAGACCGCCUACGCCGCUCGCUCCUCCAGGUUACCUGCUGAUCUUGAUUUGGAAGUGGAGGCUCGAGGAAAUGGACAGGGAAUAUUGGAGGUUGUGACCUACUACAACCAGCUGCAUGAGGUUGAUGAGAAGAUGCCCUGCAAAGACUUUGAGCUCAGCGUCAGCAUUGAAGAAUCCAGCGAAAAGCCUCCAGCAGAUGUCGAAAAAUCCUACCAGAUCUCCAUCAAAGUCAGGGCUUUAGGACCUGCAGACGUCAGGAUGGUGGUUCUGGAUAUAAGUCUGCCCACUGGCUUCACCCCAGAAAACUCAGACCUGGAGAUGUUGUCCAACUCGGUGGACCGUUACAUCAAUAACUUCCAGAUUGUUGAUAACCUGAGUGACAGAGGCUCUCUCAUCAUCCACCUGUUCAAGGUGUCUCACAAAGAGCCAGAGAUCCUGAUCUUCAGGCUUCAGCAGAACUUCAAAGUCGGCCUCCUCCAGCCAUCCUCAGUUACUGUCUAUGAGUAUUACAACCCAGAUCACCGCUGCAGUCGUACCUACACUCCCAGCGAGGACAAAGAGGGGCUCAGUCACAUCUGCAGAGACAACGUCUGCCGCUGCACGCAGGGUGACUGCUGUGUCUCCAAAACCGACAGUGAAAACUACCCUAACAAAGAUCGGGAGACAUUUGCCUGCAAGUCUUUACACCACGUUUUCCAGGUGAAGGUGCUGAACGUCAGCCAGAGUUACUAUGACAAAUACGAGGUGGAGAUCACACAAGUUAUCAAGCUGGGUGUGGAGGAUGGAGUUGAAGUGGGCCAGAAGAGGUUUUUCAUGUCUCAUGGAGGCUGCAGAGAUGGACUCAACCUGACACAGGACUCCCAGUACCUCAUCAUUGGCCCCAAAGAAGACCAAUGGAACAUUGACAGUGACACCAACAGAUUCAUCUACAUGUUCGGGAAGGACACCUGGGUGGAACGCUGGCCUUCGCCGGCAGAGUGCUCCAGCAACCCCAGCCUGCAAGCUAAAUGCAAGAGCCUCAGUGACACUGCGUAUGAACUGUCGGUCAACGGCUGCAGGCUGUAGAGGUGUCUGAGCUGCACGCCACGCUCCUGUGCCAUUUUGGUGCAAAGCUGCCAAAUAAUUGUGAAGAUUCAAUGAUCAUUUCAACCCAGCCGGCAAAAUAAGGGCAUAAAACAAGUUGUGUUUUCACUGUGGAAAAAAGAACCGAAAGGAGAGCUAGAUAUAGAGACAUACCCGUAAAGUAUUUCUACUGUGAUGCUAUAAUAAGAAUGAGGAAGAAGAAUCCAAAAAAGUAACAGAGGCACACCAAACAGCCCCUCAGGGGUAUUAUAGCUUUUAUAGACUAGUUUAAGUUUGUACAUUUAAAUGUGCAUAACAAAGUAUGCUUGUCUCGA